AUGACUGAACUAUCGGCACCCAAAGGCGUCUGUGACCAUAUUGACUAUGUCAACGGGGCUGACCCUUCGAUUAUCCAGGCUUCCUUUGACACCUUGCGGGGUCUAAGCAGGGAUGAUCUAGAGGCAUUAGAGAAGCACUUAGUGCGCAAGGUGGAUUGGCGUAUGAUGCCUACAAUCACCGUCAUGUUUCUCAUGAGCUAUCUCGACCGCAUCAACGUCUCCAAUGCACGGCUGGCUGGCCUGCAGGAGGAUCUUGGGAUAACAGACACGGUGUGGAAUACAGGCAUAUCGAUGUUUUAUGUGGGCUACCUCAUCGGCCAGCUUCCUGGGAAUAUGUGGCUAGCAAGAUCUAAUCCCCGGACGGGGCUCUCCGUUAUGAUGUUGUCAUGGAGCAUCUGUACUAUAUGCAUGCCGAUCAUGAAAAGCGGGGUAGGAUUCUGCAUCUGUCGAUUCUUUGUGGGUUUGACCGAAGCCCCAUUCUUUCCCGGAAUCGCUCUCUUGACUUCUUCUUGGUAUAACAAGAAAGAAAGUCCCACGCGAAUGGCCAUCUGGCAUGCAGGCAACACGAUUUCCAAUGUUAUCUCAGGAUUCCUCGCCGCAGGCAUCCUUUACAAUAUGGACGGAAUCCUUCAAUUGCACGCCUGGCAAUGGUUCUUUCUUAUCGAGGGAGCAGUUUCUAUCCUGGUUGCUAUUGCUGCCUUCUUUUUGCUCCCCAACUGGCCCCAUAAUACCAAGUGGCUUACCGAGCAGGAACGGGAGAUAGCCCAGUAUCGAAUCCUGCUUUCCAAUGCCGCCAUCAAAGAGCCCUUCACAUGGAUGUUCUGCGGUCUUCAUUUCUCCCUCGUGAAUGCGCAAAGCUUCAAGGACUUUUUCCCAUCGAUUCUUGCAACGUUCGGUUUCUCCGAGCUGACCACAUACCUGGUUCAGGCCCCUCCAUAUAUCAUCGCGUAUAUAUCGGCCCUUGCGAUUGCAUACUCGUCCGGAAAAUACCAAGAAUCAUGCUACCACAUUAUCGUGCCGAUUGUGCUAGGUGCAAUAGGAACAGCGGUGCUUAUAUCGACCCUGAACGUGGGUGGUCGCUAUUUUGGCAUGAUUCUCCUAAUCAGUGGGACUUAUUCGGGCCUCAAUCUUCAGCUGUCGUGGGAGACGACGCUUGUGCCCUCGCCACGAAGCAAAAAGGCCGCCUUGAUUGCCAUUGCCAAUUGUAUCAGCCAAAUCAGUCAUUGGUUCAGCCCCUACUUCUUCCCCACGUCACAGGAGCCGUUCUAUCGUAUGGGAGGUGGUUUAAUCCUGUUCGGGUGCAUAUGCACUGUGUUGUUGUGUUGGGCAAUUAAAUACCGGGCCAAGGUCCUCAAUCGAAGAUUAGAUGCAGCAGAGGGAUGGUCCAGGGAUUGCGCGGUCGAGCGGGGCUGGCGGAGAAUACCAGGUUGGAUGGCGCCGGGUGAUUAG